CCACAUUUCCACGAGUAAUAGCCGACAAAAGUCCUUAUAAAUUCAAAAAUACCAAAUGCAUCCUCUAAGAAUACCUUCUUCGCCAGCCCACUAUUUGACAAACACAUUCAGUGAAUCAUCAAGGGCAAAUCUGUCACUGAAAUAUUGUUGCUGUCGUCAACCAUUGAGCAAUAUUCGCACCCCCAAGUCGACCUCACUGCACUCCCUCUCUCUCUCCUCUUCUCUCCCUCAUCGUUGUUCUACCUCUGUUAGUGUUAGUCCGAUCAAAAUGGCUUUGGAUUCACAACCUCCUAAAGAUGACAGAAUCUCAAGAAUUCAGUCUUCUAUUCGUGUCAUCCCUAACUUUCCUAAACCUGGGGUUAUGUUUCAGGAUAUUACUACCAUGCUGUUGGAUCCAAAGGCAUUCAAGGACACAAUUGAUUUGUUUGUUGAAAGAUACAGGGGAAAAGAUAUUUCGGUUGUUGCAGGGGUUGAGGCAAGAGGCUUCAUUUUCGGUCCACCCAUUGCAUUGGCCAUUGGUGCUAAAUUUGUUCCAAUGAGAAAGCCUGGGAAAUUACCUGGGGAUGUUAUUUCAGAAGAGUACUCAUUGGAGUAUGGAACAGACAAAAUAGAGAUGCAUGUUGGUGCAGUAGAAGCUGGAGAACGUGCCAUAAUUAUUGACGAUCUCAUAGCCACUGGAGGAACCUUAUCUGCUGCGCUUAAGCUGCUUGAGCGUGUAGGAGUGCAGGUUGUUGAGUGUGCCUGUCUUAUAGAGCUGCCAGAGCUAAAGGGUCGAGAACGGUUAGGCGACAAUCCUCUAUUCGUCCUUAUCAAAUCAGCUUGAUAUACGCCCUCUUUCUUUAACCAAGUUUUCAACAUCGCAUGUUUUCAACAUCUCUUUCAUUAUCUUUCCUAUUUAUUGUGAAAGGUUGAUUAGUUAAAGAUAUUUUAUUUUCACUGUAAACUUUUUGGUUUGUGUUCCAUUGUUGAUUGAUAAAAUUCGGGUCGUUUGCUCUGGGGUGAUGCAUGUCGUAUGCCUGUAUUAUGCAGAAGAUUACCACAUUUCCUUUAUGGUGGGGAAUAAAACACCUUCACUGUAUUGUAAUCUUGGAAUCAAGUGAAUUCCAGAUCAAGCAUUAAAUUU